AUGCGCGCUGUUGCCCUCCGCCAAGUUCGCCAAGUUUCCCGAAUCGCAACUCCGUGUCCUCCCCGCGGCUACUCUACGACGUCAUCCCUACUCCGAAGCUCCAAACUUUCUCUCUCUCCACCCAUCUCCACGCGAUAUCCUGCACAGUUUAGCACCAUGUCUUCCGCGACUUCUUUCUAUGACUUCGAGCCCGUCGACAAAAAGGGCGAGCCCUUCCCCCUCACCUCGCUGAAGGGCAAGGUCGUGCUCGUCGUCAACACCGCAUCUAAGUGCGGCUUCACACCCCAGUUCGAAGGCCUCGAGAAGCUGUACAAGAAACUGAAGGAGCGCUACCCGGACGACUUCACCAUCCUCGGCUUCCCCUGCAACCAGUUCAACAGUCAGGACCCUGGCUCCAACGACGAGAUCCAGUCCUUCUGCCAGCUCAACUACGGCGUUACCUUCCCCGUCCUCGGCAAGCUGGACGUGAACGGCGAGAAUGCCGCCCCUGUCUUCGCUUGGAUGAAGGAGCAGAUGCCUGGUAUCAUGGGCAUCAAGUACGUCAAGUGGAACUUUGAGAAGUUCCUUAUUGGCGCCGAUGGAAAGGUUGUCUCGCGCUGGGCUACUAUCACCAAGCCUGAGGCUCUGGAGGAGCCUAUUAUCAAGGAGAUCGAGAAGGCUAAGAAGACCAAGGCUGAGUUGUAA